CUCUCUUUAUCUCUCUCUCUCUCUCUACAAUCGACCAUCUCUCUAGAAAAUGACUGUUGAGGAGACCCAGGUGGCGGUGGCGGUGGAGGAGCCGGUGAAGGAGUGCGAGAAGGCUGUUGUUGCUGAGAAGCCAGCGAAAGUUGAGAAGAGCUCUUCUUACAAGGAGGAGAGCAACUAUCUUUCUGAUCUCAAGGAGUUCGAGAAGAAGGCUUUGGUUGAGCUCAAAGCCAAGCUCGAAGAAGCCAUCUUGGGGAACAAUAUCUUCAAGAAAGAUGAGCCCAAGAAGGUUGAGGAGAAGAAGGAGGAGAAAACAGAAGAGGCGGAGCCUGCUGCUGUGAAAACAGAGGAGGCAGAGCCUGCUGUGAAAACAGAGGAAACAGAGGCUGCUGUGAAAACAGAGGAAACAGAGGCUGCUGUGAAAACAGAGGAAACAGAGGCUGCUGUGAAAACAGAGUGUGCGGAGAAAACAGAGGAAGGAGAGAAGGCACCAGAAUUGGCUGAGGAGAAAGAACAAGUGGUUGCUCCGGUAUGUGAGGAAGAGGCGAAACCUGAAUCCAGCGACGUGGUGGAUACAGAUAUCUCACUCUGGGGUGUGCCUUUGUUCCCUGGUAAAGGGUCAGAGGGGACUGAUGUGGUGCUGUUGAAAUUCUUGAGGGCUAGGGAGUUCAAGGUGAACGAAGCCUUCGAGAUGCUGAAGAAGACUCUGCAGUGGAGGAAGGACUCCAAAAUUGAUUCAAUUUUGGAGGAGGAUAUCUGCUCUGAUCUGAGCUCUGCCGCUUACUUGAACGGAGUUGAUCGUGAAGGCCACCCUGUUUGCUACAACAUCUUCGGAGUGUUUGACAGUGAAGAGCUUUACCAGAAGACGUUCGGGAAUGAAGAGAAGAGAGGCCAAUUCUUGAGGUGGAGGGUUCAGUUGAUGGAGAAGAGUAUUCAGAAGCUUGAAUUGAGGCCUGGUGGUGCUACUUCUCUGCUUCAGAUCAAUGACCUCAAGAACUCGCCUGGACCGAUCAAGAAGGAGCUUAGGGUUGCAACAAAGCAGGCUGUUGGGCUCUUGCAGGAUAAUUACCCUGAAUUGGUUGCCAAAAAUAUUUUCAUCAAUGUUCCAUUCUGGUACUAUGCACUCAAUGCUCUAUUGUCUCCAUUCUUGACUCAACGAACAAAGAGCAAGUUUGUGGUGGCUCGCCCCGCUAAGGUCACUGAGACCCUUCUCAAGUACAUUCCAGCUGAGGAGAUACCAAUUCAGUAUGGAGGCUUCAAAAGAGAAGAUGACACAGAGUUCUUCUCUUCCGAAGAUGGUUCUGUUUCCGAGCUAACUCUCAAGGCCGGAUCAACCCAAACCAUAGAGAUUGAAGCAGCUGAGGCUGAUAGUAGCAGCACAUUGGUUUGGGAUGUUAGUAUUUUGGGAUGGGAAGUGAAUUACAAGGAGGAGUUUGUUCCAAGUGAUGAAGGGUCAUAUACCAUCAUUGUUCAGAAGAAGAAGAAGAUUGGAGCUAAUGAAGGACCUAUCCGCAACACUUUCCGAAGCAAUGAGCCAGGGAAGGUUGUCCUGACAAUUGAGAACACUUCGAGCAAGAAGAAGAGGGUUCUGUAUCGGCACAAGACCAACAAGUGCGUUUGAGAGUUGAACUUGAGGAAUGAAUAUGGGGCAUAGUGAGAGCAUUAUACAUAUAUAUGAUUAGAAUUGAUUCUUUUGAGGUUGGGAACAAUAGGUGAGUGUGUGAGAAGAUAGAGAAAUUGAUUGUUCAUUCUUUUGCAGAAUCACUAUGGUCCUGUGUUUAAUAUGUUUGAAGUGUAUCAUUUCCUUUUUUGGGAUUUUCAUCCCAAAGACAUUGAGAGUGAAAUAUCUAUUGAUUA